AUGAGACGACCAACCCCAGGGCUUCUCGCCCGUCCGCUCUGGAUCUGCACCCGCUGCAGAGCCAAUUACUCCUCCGUCGCCUCCAGAGCCGCCUCCGGCAACAAAAAGACCAAUCUCCCCGAUUUCCCGGCGAGAACGCGAUUCGCCCCGUCGCCCACUGGCUACCUUCAUCUGGGCUCCUUGCGAACCGCAUUAUUCAACUAUCUCCUGGCCCGGAAAACAGGAGGCCAGUUCUUGUUGCGCAUUGAGGAUACCGAUCAGAAACGGACAAUUCCCGGCGCAGAACAGCGCCUCUACGAUGAUCUUCACUGGGCGGGCUUACACUGGGAUGAAGCCAUCUACCGCAGCCACGCGCACGACCUGAUCAACGGCGGCCACGCCUACCGCUGUUUCUGCUCCGCAGAGCGCCUCGACGCCUUCGCCAGACACCGCAGCCACGCCGGCCUACCCCCGGGAUAUGACAGAAAAUGCGCCGACAUCUCCGCUGAAGAGUCCGAGGACCGAGCAGCACAGGGCGAAGCGCACGUCGUGCGACUGAAGGUGGACGGAUAUCCGAUGUUCAACGACCUGGUAUACGGCAAGACGGGUCAGAAUCGCACGCCCAAUAAGCUGGAUCUCAUCGACCGCGUGUACGACGACCCCAUCCUGUUGAAGUCCGACGGCCACCCGACCUACCAUCUUGCGAAUGUCGUAGACGACCAUCUCAUGCAGAUCACGCACGUCAUCCGCGGCACCGAAUGGAUGCCCUCCACCCCCCUCCAUGUCGCUCUCUACAACGCCUUCAAAUGGACUCCCCCGCGCUUCGGCCACGUCCCUCUCCUCGUGGACAAGUCGGGCCAGAAGCUGAGCAAGCGCAACGCCGACAUCGACCUAACUUUCUUCAAAGACCAGCAAGGCAUCUUCCCCGCGACUCUAGUGAACUUUGCCGCGCUCCUCGGCUGGUCGCACACCCAGAAAUCAGACGUCUUCAGCCUGAAAGAACUGGAGGAUAUCUUCACCCUCAAAAUCACCCGCGGUAACACAGUCGUCGCCUUCGAGAAACUCUGGUUCCUGCAAAAGGCCCACGCACAGCGCUUCGCCUCGACCGGCGGCCCCGAAUUCGAUCAGAUGGUCGCAAGAGUCUCGCAAGUCGUCGAAGACACCUAUGCCCGCGAACAACUAGCGCCGAUCCUCCAAUCCCGCCCGUUAACAGAAUACAUCGCGCCACUCCUCCAAGCCGACGCCAAAUCCUUCACCAGGGCAGAGGACUUCGUCACCCGCAACGCCACCUUCUUCACCACCACAGUCGAUAGACCACCAUACACCCCCGCCUCAGGGGAGAGUACAGUCCCAAUGACCGCCCUCCACACCGCCGCCGCAGCCCUCAGCCUUGUCCCCGACUCGCACUGGACCGUCGACGCCCACCGGUUCAACAUCUCCUCGUACGACGGCAGCGCCGCCAUCGCAGAUCCCGAGUCGACCGCAACGCAGCACGAUGAGAAGGCGCGCGUCGCAGCAGACAAGACCUUUAAAAAGGAACUGUAUCAUUACCUGCGCUGGGCGCUGUCGGCGUCCGCCCCGGGACCGGGGAUCCCCGAGACAAUGGCGAUCCUGGGCCGGAACGAGUCUGUGCGGCGGUUGCAGGAGGCGAGGGAGCUGACGCGUGAAUUGGCUGCGUCAGCCGAUGCUGGUGCGCAGAAAGUCAAGGGGGCGCUCAAGGAAGGGGAUGUUUCAUGGAUGGGAUCGCUUGCUCCGCGGUAA